UAUACUUAAAAUCCCAACAUGUACUUCACAAUUAUACUAUUUUGUUUUGCAGAAAAAGGCUUUGAAAACACGAGAAACGUGGGUGGCAAAUGCACAAUGGCAAGUUCUUUCGUUUCCUAUAAGAAAUUGAUAGGAAAUGGAUUAAAAAACAACAAGUUAAUCUUCACUGGUUAUCCAGUAGUGGGUCCUCAAGGGAAAAUGCAAACUUCAGGUUCUUGUUUAUACUCAUCCCCUAUAGACAUCACUAACACAUGUGCUUGGGAUCCAAGAAUCUAUGGUCUCUUCUUCUAUGAAUCCACAGCCAAAUUUCCAGCUUCAAAAUUCGGAGAUUUCAUACGUGAUGUGAAAAAAUUACGCGAUUUGGUCAAGCCAGAAAACAUGUGUGGUGUUGACAUUUAUAACGGAUUUCUUUUUCGUUUUAUCAAGGCCUCGGAUGCAUAUUUAGGCCAAGGGGAGGAUUCAGUUGUCUUGGAUUUUAACUAUUACCGCGCUAAUGAUGACUUAACCCCGCGAUUAAACCAAGAUAUUUGGGAGGAAAUUGAGCAAAUGGCAUUUGUUAAGUAUGGAGCUAAGCCACAUUGGGCUAAAAAUAGGAAAGUAGCAUUUCUUGAUGUGCAGAAGAAGUAUCCAAAAUUUAACAAGUUUAUUGCAGCCAAGAAUCAAUUGGAUCCUAAGAAUAUGUUUUCUAGUGAAUGGUCUGAUGAGAUAUUGUUUGGGAAGCGAACUGUAAAGUGGGAUGGCUGUGCCUUAGAAGGGAUGUGUAUUUGUUCAGAAGAUAGGCAUUGUAGUCCAUCAAAAGGGUAUUUUUGCAAGCCAGGACUUGUUUAUCAAGAAGCACGUGUGUGUAGGUUUUCAUCAUCUUCCUCAAGCUGAAGGUCAGGGCGGCUCAAAAAUAUUUGUGACCUAAAGUCAAAUCUGAUAAAAUGCCUUAAUUUUUUUAAAGGCAUAUUUUUAUUUGAAAGUAUUUCUGUAACUUUUGUAAAUGCAAAAUUAUUAAUAAUAUAAAAGACUUCUUCUUCUA